GAAAUGCAACGCGCUCAAUGUGGAAAGAUGCGGACCGAGUAACAGCCAGGUGCUCGAUAAAAAAAGAAAAGAAACGGGAAAAGCUGUGGGUUGAACUUCACCGGGAGGAUUAUACUGUCCUACAUUUGUCCUGUAAACCGGUCUUCAGAUAGAGGCCAUGAUGCAGACUGCGGUGCUGAACCUGCAGAGCUUGUAUGAUAAGCUGAGGUCGCAGGUUGACCUCCUCAAUGACAACAUCGAACCCAACUUCAUCCAGAUGGCUCAGAACUUUGAGGACUGCCGGCGCCGGUGGCAGCGAGCGGAGCUGGAUCUGGGUUCCUGCCAGGAGGUUCUCACCAAGGCUGAAACGGAGCGGGGGGCGCUGGAGGUCAAACUGAAACACGCCCGCAACCAGGUGGACGUGGAGAUCAGACGCAGACAGAGGGCCGAGGCGGACUGCGAGAAGCUGGACCGUCAGAUCCAGCUGAUCCGGGACCUGCUGACCAGCGAGGGAUCCUCCAACAGCAUCCAGCUGAGUGCAGAGCAGCGCUCCGCCCUCGCCUUCCUCAACACAAACUGCCAGCCACCCGCCGCCCUGAACACCAGCCGCAGACUGACCACGAUCGAUGAGUCCGCCUCCAUCCUGUCGGACAUCAGCUACGACAAAACGGACGACUCUCUGGACUGGGACUCCUCCGCUGUGAGGACGCUGCGCCUGAAGAAGAGAGAGAAGCGGCGCUCCUCGAGGAAUCACAUCGAGGGUCCUCCGGUCGCCUCCAAGCGCCCCCGAUCAACGGGCAGGAAUGCAGAGAGGGGAAACGAGACUCUGGUGACGAAGACCACGGUGACGGUCCCCGCUAAUGGAGGACCAGUGGAGGCCGUCUCCACCAUCGAGACGAUUCCCUACUGGACCCGCAGCCGCAGGAAGACCUCCGCCAUGGAGUGGGACUCUGAGUCUGUGAGGUCUGAGGACGUCUUCAAGCAGCCGGAGGUCCGCGAGGUGGAGAGGAGAGCGGCACCAGGAACCCCUCAGAGCCACGGGGGGGUCCGGGCGCACGAGUUUGUCUCCAAAACUGUCAUAAAGCCGGAGUCGUGCGUCCCCUGCGGGAAGAGGAUCAAGUUCGGGAAGAUUUCUCUGAAGUGUCGUGACUGCAGGGUGGUCUCUCACCUCGAGUGUCGGGAGCGCUGCCCCCUGCCGUGCAUCCCCAACCUUGGGGCCACACCGGUCAAGAUCGGAGAGGGUGUCCUCGCAGACUACGUCCCCGACACGUCUCCCAUGAUCCCUCCUCUGGUCGUGCACUGCAUCAGUGAGAUCGAGCAGAGGGGUCUGCAUGAGGCGGGUCUGUACCGUCUGUCCGGCGCCGACCGCACCGUGAAGGACCUGAAGGAGAAGUUCCUGCGCAGCAAGACGGUCCCGGUGCUCAGCAGGGUGGACGACAUCAACGCCAUUACCGGCCUCCUCAAGGACUUCCUGAGGAACCUGAAGGAGCCGCUGCUCACCUUCCGCCUCAACCGGCCCUUCAUGGACGCUGCCGAGGUGUCCGACGAUGAUAACAGCGUCGCUCUGAUGUACCAGACGGUGGGAGAUCUGCCGCCGGCCAACAGAGACACGCUGGCCUUCCUGGUCCUGCACCUGCAGAGAGUCGCAGACAGCUUGGACACGAGGAUGGACAUCACUAAUCUGGCUCGAGUCUUCGGUCCGACCAUCGUGGGUCACGCCGUCCCGAACCCCGACCCCAUGACCAUCCUGCAGGACACCAAGAGACAGCCCAAGGUGGUGGAGCGUCUCCUCUCUCUCCCAGUUAGUUACUGGGCUCAGUUUGUGUCAGCGGGAAACGAAAACCCGAACCUGCAUCACCUGAUCAUCGAGAACGCAAACUGCUACGCCACCCCCGAGAGAAUGAGCAUGCUGGGACCUCUGACCACCCCGGAGCACCAGCUCAGUAAAACCCCGUCCUCCAGCUCACUGGGGCAACGCAUGAAGUCCUCUCUGACUCCCAGAUUCGGGAGCAAGAGCAAGUCGACGACAAAGUUCUUUUCGUCUCCAUCCCUGAAGUAAUCCCACGCAGAUUCACUUCUUUCACUCUGCAAUAACCCAUCUCCAUCCAGGCAUAACGCAUAACGCGCUCCAAAAAAAAGAAGCCUCUUCGUUUGCUUUUUAACCGUUUAAUAUACGAUGAUUUUACAUGUUUGUAAAGGAUGCUUUUUUAUAAACCAAAUAGAUUUAUGCACACGUGUGUCUUUUAGAGCUUCCGCUGAGGAGACGUUUGACUCCUCUAACACGUGUUUUAUAUAUUCCUCUUUUUGCAAAUCUGUACUGUAUGAGCACGCUUUGAUUGGGACCUGCUUUAGAUUCAACUCAUGUGUCACUCAGAAGUUGAAGAACAGAUUUUUUUUCCUAAGGCAUUUCGUUGCAGGUUGUAAUCAAACGUGUGGUGGCUAGUAUCGUUAACUUCUCUCUUUUAUUCAGUGUUUGUAUUUCUAUUGAGUUUAUACGGAGGCCGAAAGCUGCUAAUGAGCUACGCUUCCAUCCGGAGGACGUGCUGCAGGUUCAGGAACAUCUGCAGCAGCUCUUCAACACAUGCAGCAUCUAGAGAACAUUUAGAGGAAACAUGAGCAGUUUACUAAAAGCUGCAGAAACCAAACGCUGCAAGAAGCUCCAACACAACGGAGACCAGUGUCCCCUUGUCUCCAGCUGUGUGCGUCUCUCUUUAGUGUCCCCUGGUCUCCGUUGUGUUGGAGCUUCUUGCAGCGUUUGGUUUCUGCAGCUUUCAGUAAACUGCUCAUGUUUCCUCUAAAUGUUCUCUAGAUGCUGCAUGUGUUGAAGAGCUGCUGCAGAUGUUCCUGAAGCUGCAGCACAUUCUCUGCUGGAGCUCGUUGGCACCCGUCGGCCUCCAUAGUUUUGAUCGUCUUCUUGCUCCAGUAAAUGUUGCUGUAAUUGUUUACGCGCUCUCAGGCCCUCCUCUGUUUGAUAAUUGGCAUUAACCUCAGAGAACCGGGGCUCUAAAUCAAAAUAUCUGCCCUGCCAGUGAUCUUCAGGCAGCUCUGUGGGAGGACGCUCAUUAGCACGCUAUGCUAACGGCCAUUACUUUGUAAGAGUAGCCAGUUUAAGUUGCUGUGGCAUUAUUUUAAUAUUUAGCACAACAUUUUGUACACUUGCUGUAAAAGUCCUGUAAGUUAUAAAAUACAUUUCUAACCAAAA